AUGAAACGUACCACAUCUAUACAGAACAUAAAGAACACCGCUGCACUUCAGCGACAACAUACCGACAGCCUCUGCCCACUGGCUCAUCGUCUUCCGGGUAAAGCUCUGCGUGCUUGCUUUCUACGCAACAUGGAUCAACAUUUUGGCGGCAUUUCCCUAGCCGUGUCAAAAAAACGCUACCAAGAAUUUAAAGCGUUGCUAGAGGCAAUCACUGUGGCAUUUCGCCCUCAUGUGGUCCUAAAGUCGGCGAUAACGCGUGUUUAUCGAAUCAACGGCACGCCCCUUCAUUCCAUAGAUGACUUCUAUGAGGGCGACAUUGUGGUCUGCUGUUGUCAGUAUGAGCCUUACGUUGAUGUGGGCUACAAUGUUAACCAGCACUACAUGCAACUUCUGGGCUCACUCAUUCGAAUGCGUGAGAAGUGUGCGCCGGUUGAGGGAAGCGAGGAAGAAGCAGAUAAUGAAUGCUUCAAUGACAACGAACUUGUCAUUGAUUAUGAGAACUGCAAGCUGCCGCAAGCCAUAUUAUUAUACAUAAACGUGGAGAAGCCGAUCUGGGUCCACAAGUCGACGGUAAUAUUCCAGGGCAGCGGCAGAGCCCGAAGCGACAAGCAUUAUAUAAUUAAAAUGGUGAACAAAGAACACAUGUUUACGCGAACAAACGGAACAUACUUUGAGAUAGAAAUCUUGCGACAACUGCAGGACCACACAAACAUCAUAGAUUUAAUAUACACGGUGGAGCAGUGCAAGUACAUUUACAUUGUUAUCGAGCGACUCGAUUGUGAUCUAUUUGAGCUGUUGCAGAGUAAAACUGUUUUCCCCGAGACUCUGGUCAAAAAAGUCAUGAAAGACGUGACCAGAGGACUUGCGUACAUUCAUGGGUGUCAGAUAAUCCAUCGCGAUUUGAAGCUAGACAAUCUGUUGGUACAAUUCGAUUUCUCGGGUCCAUUAGAGCCUUGGGUGGCUGCGAUUAAGAUCUCCGACUUUGGAUUGGCCACUCAAUACAAGGGCCGCGAACUUUAUCAGUGUUGCGGCACGCCCCACUAUAUGGCUCCCGAGCUGAUUAGCUAUGCUGGAUACGACUUCUCCGUGGACUUGUGGUCGUUGGGCAUCACGCUCUUCUAUAUGUUGUGCAGUCGGCUGCCUUUCGCUCAUAGUGAGAGCAAUACGAACAUUGUUCAGGAAUGCAUUCGGAAGAGCCACCAUGAAAUACCCUCUGAGUGUAAGAGCAAAAUGAGUCCAUACGCACAACAGCUCAUAAACUCGCUUUUGGUUAAGAUGCCGCAACAUCGAUUGUCAGCUAUUGAGGUGUGCCAACAUCCGUUCCUACUGGAUAGCCGGGGUGAUUCUUUAUAA